UCCUCCUUAAACCCUACAUCUUCUUCGUGCAUACUACUCUACUCGUAACUCAUCAUCGUGUUCCAACCACACGCCCGAAUCGAUUCUCCUUUGAACUGCAACUUCUCGCUCGUUUCAUCAAUGGCGGGUCAAUUAACGCGUAUCGCCAUUCUCAAAGAAGACCGUUGCAAGCCGAAGGAGUGUGGCCAGCAAUGCAAGAAAAGCUGUCCUGUUGUUAAAACUGGUAGACAAUGUAUUGAGGUUAGUUCUCAAUCUAAGAUGGCGUUUAUAUCCGAGGAGUUUUGCAUAGGAUGUGGUAUAUGUGUUAAGAAAUGCCCAUUUAAUGCAAUUGAGAUCAUUAAUUUACCAAAAGAUUUGAAUAAAGAUACAACUCAUCGUUAUGGGGCCAAUACCUUCAAAUUACACAGGUUGCCGGUUCCAAGACCCGGGCAAGUUCUUGGUUUGGUUGGAAAAAAUGGAACUGGGAAGUCUACAGCUCUCAAAGUUUUGGCUGGAAAGUUGAAACCCAAUUUGGGCCGCUUUGAUAACCCUCCAGAUUGGCAAGAAAUUUUACCUUACUUCCGAGGAUCUGAGUUGCAAAACUACUUUACGCGCAUUCUUAAAGAUAAUUUAAAGGCAAUUGUAAAACCACAGUAUGUUGAUCAUAUUCCAAAAGCAGUUCAAGGGAAUGUUGGACAAGUACUUGACCGGAAAGAUGAGAGAGAUGUGAAGGCAGAGCUUUGUGUUGAUCUUGAGCUGAAUCAGGUUAUUGAUCGUAAUGUUGGAGAUUUAUCAGGUGGAGAGCUUCAGAGGUUUGCGAUUGCUGUUGCUGCCAUACAGAAUGCUGAGAUUUAUAUGUUUGAUGAGCCCUCAAGUUAUCUUGAUGUCAAACAAAGGCUUAAGGCUGCCCAAGUUAUCCGAUCUUUGCUUAGGCCUAACAGCUAUGUGAUUGUUGUGGAACACGACUUAAGUGUGCUUGAUUAUCUAUCAGACUUCAUUUGUUGCCUCUAUGGGAAGCCUGGUGCAUAUGGUGUUGUGACACUACCCUUUUCUGUCAGAGAAGGAAUUAAUAUCUUUUUGGCAGGGUAUGUGCCCACAGAAAACCUUCGUUUUCGUGAAGAAUCUCUCACUUUUAAGGUAGCUGAGAAACCACAGGAGAGUGCUGAAGAAAUUAAAACAUAUGUGCGCUAUAGAUACCCCACUAUGUCUAAAACGCAAGGUGGUUUUAAACUUACAGUGGCUGAGGGUGAAUUCACCGACUCUCAGAUCAUAGUAAUGCUUGGUGAAAAUGGCACGGGGAAGACAACGUUUAUUCGUAUGCUGGCUGGUAAACUGAAGCCUGAUACCGUGGAAGGUUCUGAGUCGGAGAUACCCGAGUUUAAUGUCUCUUACAAACCUCAAAAGAUCACUCCCAAACCCGAAUUAGUUAAUUCCGUUGGGGAUUGGCUACAAAAAAAGAUUCCUGGCUCAUAUGAGCAUCCACAGUUUGUUUCUGAUGUGAUGAAGCCUCUUCAAAUAGAGCAGGAUCAAAAAGUUGUCAAUCUUUCUGGUGGAGAAUUGCAAAGAGUUGCAUUGUGCUUGUGUCUUGGCACGCCUGCUAAUAUAUACCUGAUUGAUGAACCAAGUGCUUACCUUGAUUCCGAACAACGUAUAGUCGCUGCAAAAGUUAUAAAGAGAUUUAUACUACAUGCCAAGAAGACUGCAUUUGUGGUUGAACAUGAUUUCAUAAUGGCAACUUAUCUAGCAGAUAGAGUAAUCGUUUAUGAAGGGACACCGUCUGUUGAUUGUGUUGCAAAUUCACCACAGUCUUUAUUAUCUGGAAUGAAUCUCUUCUUAUCGCAUCUCACGGUCACAUUUAGGCGCGACCCAACUAAUUAUCGACCCAGAAUCAACAAGCUUAAUUCAACAAAGGACAAGGAACAGAAACUUGCUGGAUCUUAUUAUUAUCUGGAUGACUAACUUUUUAAUUCGUGAUGCAUGACACCUGGAGUCGCACUUUUUUAGCUACCGCUGGUUAAUCCGCCACCAAAGCCAGUGAAUCAUAGUGGUCUUAAUUUCAAGUCCAUGUUGCUGCACCAUGGUUGCUACUUGCUAUGUUUGAAAGAGUUUAGGCAAAACUCGGUUAAUGCUUGUACUUAGAAUGCUCCUGUUUUCAUUCGGAGGAAUUGGUGGAUAAGCGAGCCAACUGGAAGAGGAAAUGGUGCGGAAAAGUGGAACUGGAAAGAAGAAAGAAGUUUGGAAGUUAAAAGUUAUAACAAUCUGAUGUCUGGAUCCAUAACGGACCGUUACUGAUUGGUAACGGUCCGCAACCACCAUUUGGAGAAAGAUGAGAUCACUUUCCGGUUUGACAAUCUUUUGGUUUAUGUUCUUCACAGUUUGUAAUACGAUUCCAGAACUUGUUUGCAUGAUGUUUAUUAUGAGUUUCUUGUGUUUCUAGACAUCAUGAGUAUUGACUGAACUUAUUGCUUUUCGGGUUUGAUUUAUGGUAUAAUGUGAUUACUAUGGACAAAAUAUG